AUACUUUGUUGGUUGUUGAGUCUGUUGGUGUUCAAAUAAUUUGUAAACGACUGUUAUCCUGUUGCGAAUCAAGCACGUUCUUACCCUGGAAUACUGUAAAGGAUGUGUUCAUCAAUGAAGUCAUAACUGGACAUCGAGUUUUAUACUACUUGACGUUUAUCGUCAAAGACUCAUCCGGAGGUAAAGACGCUGAGAAAUUGGUUCCUUUAUUCCGCGAGUUGAAGCCAGAGAGACAAUGCCUGGAAUACAUGUACGAACAUUUAGCAACUGUGGUUGGGAUAACGGGGAGAAAGAACCUCUCCUGACGGUCCCAGGGUCCUACUGGCUCUGCUGCAAACAGAACAUAUAUAAAUUUACGUUCAAACAUCAUAAAUCAAUGAGGCCUCUCCGGGACUUCGCCCACGCGCGUGAGCUGAUGAAAGUUGUCCGUAAAAUAAUAAAACUUCAGCCGCGUCAGGGCCAACAGUUUUGCACCCGCCACCUCCUGGUGACAUACAAUCACUCCUCCUGGACGCGUCAGGACAAGAUGUUCGCAAUGUUAAAAUUUCGCGAUCAUCCAGAGGCAGUAGCCUACCCCCACGCCUUCAUCCUUACAAUUAAAAUGACCUCUCCCAACACCGUCCCAUCAAGGUCGUCGGCCCUCGCAGUUAAACCCUCUCCUGGGGACGAUUCCUCCACGGACUCUUCCACGGGACUAACUCCAUUGCCCGCGUCGCAAAAAAAAAUAAAAUCAGCGUCGUUCUUCGGGAAUUUGGCACUUCCCCUUGUUGAAAAAUACCUCCACGAACAGAAGGACCCACCACCUCCCUGCGAAAAGCCCCGGGAGCUUCUCAACGACGUCCAGGAGACAGCGGACAUGCCUUACCAGUACCUGAUCGAGCGAGAGAUCGAAAAGACUAAUGCAAAAGUCGCAAAAAUAAGUCAAAAUACGAUGAAAUGUGAUCCUCAAGCCCAGAAUCACGAGAUCACGACAUCUCCCAGGGGCAGAUCAACACCAGGAUCAUCUGCAAUUGACAGUACAUCUAAAUCAGCUGAUAUCACCGACCUGGUGAUGGAGGGCCUGAUGUUUACCAUCAGACAGGACAAAGACUCGGUGACUGUUGUCGAGCAGAAGACGAAGCUAGAGCCCGACGAGGUCCUCGAGAACUCUGAGAAGGUCGAGGGGAGGACUGGCGAGUGCCUAGUGAACUCGAGUCUUCUGAAGCUCGAGAACUUGGUGGGGAAGAUUGAGAUCGCAGGCGGAAGAGAGAAGGAGAGGGUUUCACUUUUUUUCGGACCCGAGGGAGACAUUCCCAGUGAUGAUACUGGACCUGUGACGUCCACAUGCGUCCAGGAGGUCGUUUUCCCUCAUUUGGAUGUUCGAACAGAGGGGGUGAGGACUGGGGAGGGUGAGAAGGGCGUCAGAAGCUCGAGAACCACGUCCUCCAGAUGUUCCUCCAGGUCUGAACGUCGUGAUGACGUUGAAAAUGACCGAGAGGGGAUUGAGGAGGAGGACAUCAUUCCUGAGGUUCUCCAGGAUGAUGGUGGCCCUUGUCUGGGGGUCACUGGAUUUUCGAGGGACAAGCCCAAGAGCCCGCUCAUGGAUGACGAGCAUUUUCAUGAGAGUUCUGAGAACAGCUCCAGGGUUACGCCCAAGAUCAUCUCCAAUGAGAGUGUGAAGAUCGAUCUUUCGCUCUGGAAGUCCGCCAGGUCUGGGAGGAAUCCCAGCUACAAUGAUGAGGACAGCAAGGACGCUGGUCGGAGUCUGGAGGGCACCUCGGAGGGAACUGAGGGGAGGAGGACACUUGCUGCUAAGAGACGAAUUCUUCCAGAGGAGAAUCAGGAGGAGGAGAGGGUUAAUCUAUUGAAGCUAGUUGACGAUAUGACUAUGGGUGUCAGGGUCGUUGUUCAGCGGUUAGAUAUUGGUAGUUUGUCUAGGUUUGGGGGGAAAAGGGCCUAUUCACGAGAGUGUGUAUGAUAGCUGUGGAUUUGUUGGAGGAGAUCGGGGAGGAUCGCACCCCAUUCUAGUUCAUUUUGAGGGAUUAAUUAUUAUUUUAAUUUGAGGUGAAUGUACUGAGAUUUUCUUUUAGAGAAUUAAUUCUCUACUCGAAAGUAUUACUUGUGUUUUUAUGCUCCUCUUCGCUUUCGAAAUAUUCGAGAAUAGAUGAAAAAAUAUUCUUUGACAUUUUCUCUAAUUUAUAAAAGUUCGAAUUCAUUCAAUUGGAGACGAAAAUGUUGAAAAAUAUAUAUUUUUUUAGUUUAAUUGUCUAUUUAAGGUUUACUCGAUUAUUCUGUCCCUUUUUAUUGGCGAGAUUUUCAAAGGGAUAAAUUGUAUAUCUUUUUAUUUAAUUAGAGUGGCAUUUAUGUCUCAAAUAUUUUUGGAUGUUUCCUUUCAUUUUCAGAAUGUUCAUAAUAAUUCACAUUAGUGAAUGCAAUAGAAGCAUGACUGCCACAAUCUGAUAACAAAAAUUCAAUGAAUCAAAUUAUGAAUGAAUUAAUGCUGUCCUGUCCUCCCCAAUUUCACUUUCUAAUUGAAUAAAUGUGAUAAAUCAAUUGAAAAAGUUAGUGGAGGGCAAUAUUUGUUAAAAAUCGUCGAGCACUACAUUAAAUUGGCACACAAAUACAUGGACCAACUGUCCAUCACAUAUUCAACCAUAAUAAGUUUAUUGUUCAUCAUAUUGAUAUUGAUUAAUUAAGUUUAGUUAUCAGUUAUUAUCGAGUAUUAUCAAUGUUGAUCCUUAUCUGUUUUUUUGAGGAUAUUGUCGAUAGUACAGUCUUCAGUUCUCCUCACUUGCUCCACCACUGUCUUCAAGUCCUUGACAGUCCUCAACAUUGCUUCUAAAUUAGUUUUCAGGGCUUUUUGGCUGUCUAUUGUGCCUUUGGUGACAGGUACAAUGGUCUGGAAAAGCUCUCGUUGCUCAUCCAAUAUUACUAGGGGCAGGAGGGGAGCUGAGGGCUUUAUUAUCACUGGAGCUUUCUGAGAACAGUCAUUGGCGUUUUAUUUCUGGUUUAAUGAGUUUUCUAUUUUUUUUCUCUUCUGUUAUAAAUGCUAAUGUCAGAAGCUUUUAUCUUCAACUCAUGUACACAAAGCAAUUUAUUAAUUGUAAUGUUUUUUUGGUGCAAGAGACUCAUCUGCCACUUUAUGAAAAAAAUAAACUGAAGUUUGGUCGUUA